GAAGAGAGCACAGAAGUCUGUGUGUGUGGUUUGGAUUGGCAGUGGCAGAGAGAGGUCACAAAGACACUGUGGUGUGUGUUCUCGUCCCUGCUGGUCGGGGUACGAGUAGGGAGCUGGUCUCCCCAGACAGAGCUGUCUAGAUUUUUCUCUUCUCUCCAUUUAUAAUAGAAGACAAUGAGCAAAAUGCAGCUGGCUAAGGAGGAUUCCUCCAGACGUGACUUGGUGGUGGAGGUGCAGGGAUACGUAAAGGAAUUCACACGCCACUCCAAUGAUGUUCUGCUCAAUCUAAAUGAGCUACGGCAUCGCAACAUCUUAACUGAUGCCACACUUCUGGUGGGCAGUGCCCGGCUGCAUGCCCACUGUGCAGUGCUCAUAGCAUGCAGUGGCUUCUUCUAUUCUUUGUUCUCCCGCCACAAGACCGGAGCUGUGGGAGAACGUGGGGUUUCCCUGUCUCUUCCAGAAGGGCUAGAUGCGGGUAGUGUGGCAUUGCUGCUGGACUUCAUGUACACUUCCCGCCUUCCUCUCAGCCCUGGCACUGCGCCUGGUGUGCUCGCCGCUGCCACCUACCUCCAGAUGGAGCAUGUUGCUGAUACCUGCCGAGCAUUUUUACAGAAGAGUGAAAAAGCCUGUGUAAGCCCACAUCUGGUUGAUUUGGCAUCUAAAAAUACCCAUAUGAGUUUCACGCUGAGCACUGGUGGUAGAUCACCUCCAGCCCUUCCCUCCUUCUCCUCCUCCCCUUCCAGACCUGAAGUGGAGAUUGAGGAGCCCAACCCCGCCCGAGCCAGGGUUCCUGGAGAAACCUUAGUCUCAGUAGAGCCAGUGACAUGUCAAAGUCCUCCUCCUAGCUCUGAAUCAGCAGAUCUCCGAACUCCAAACACUCCAAAAACUCCAUCUCCAGGCAGUCCCUGUCAGUCCAGAGGUCAGCCGAACUCACCAGCUGAAUCUAGUGGUUGCAGUCUUUCCCCUAAAUUAAAGCCACGUUCUGAAUCCAGACCUACCCCUGACCCUAAGGCCUGUAACUGGAAGAAAUACAAAUAUAUUGUCCUGAAUCCUCUCUGUGCUACAUCCAUUAAAGAGGAAGGUUUGGGGGAGGAGCUGCAUGGUUUUGACCACUCCUCCUCCAGUGACAGGACAGACAUGACACCCAAACUGUCUGAUGAGGCAUGGUCAACUGCUGGACAUGGUCUCAAUGAAACCCAAAUGCCCUUCAUGGCCCAUCCUGGACUCGCCCCACAAACAGCAGAUACUUACAAGAGACCACCAGCAGUUGUUGGACAAGAUACUAGAGACCUCUGCUCUGUGUAUCAGGACGCAUGUCCUCCUGUGUUAGACAGCACCAAAAUGAAUGCUCAUCCUUUUGGGAAGCUUCCAGUCAAGGUUGAGAAUCACUCUCCAGUGAUUUGUUAUUCAGGAAUUCAAGGGAGCGCAAAGACUGCCUGCUCAGGAGAAAAGCCAUACCGCUGUAACGUCUGUGGGGCGCAAUUUAAUCGCCCAGCCAAUUUAAAGACCCACUCCCGCAUUCACUCAGGAGAGAAGCCGUAUCGCUGUGAUACUUGUGGUGCUCGAUUUGUCCAGGUGGCUCACCUGCGUGCCCAUGUUCUGAUCCACACUGGGGAGAAGCCAUACCCUUGUCACAUCUGUGGAACACGUUUCCGUCACCUGCAGACGCUGAAGAGCCAUCUGCGCAUUCACACAGGGGAGAAACCAUACAAUUGUGAGACGUGUGAUCUGCGUUUCCGUCAUAAGAGCCAGCUGAGGCUACAUCUGAGGCAGAAGCACGGAGCUGUUACAAACACCAAGAUCCGCUAUAAAGUCCUGGGUGACCCCUACCAGACUGGACCAGUCAUACUGCAGGCCUCCUGAAGGAUUUAAUACAAUCGUCACCCGUUUUCUAAUUUCCUGUUCUAUCCAGGAAAAUUUUAGUGGCAAAUGUAACCUCUUCUUAUUAUUCUGAUUGGGUUUAGUAUACUCAGAUUUCCAGGUUAGCACUCUGUAACAUCUGAUGUAGGCAAAGGUGUACAAUUACUCCAUAAUGGAAGGAAGGCAAGGAAACUACUAGUAAAGUAAAAUGAGGUGGAGUGUUGCAUUCCUGGAAAGCAUAUAUACAUCACAACAGACAAACUCCUUCCAGGAAUGCUGUUCUCCUGCACUAGACGUGCUGACUUUUUAUUAAUUAUCAUAUUUUCCUAUGAUAUAUUAUUUAUUUACAUGGAUUAGUGAGCUUUGUCUUUUUUGGUUUUUAAAUGGCCAUAAAAAAUCCAUAGACAAAAGACAGGGAUGUAAAAUGGAAAAAUGGAAAGAAUGCUGUUAUGUUAUCAAUGACGUUUUCUCAACAGUAAACUGCAAGUAACCUACAAUUUGGAAUUACUCUUGGAGUAGCAUAACUACAAGAAAUAUUUCAGUUUACUAGAUUCCUAUGGUAAUGUAAAGUAAGAUUAAAGGUUUAUGUAUGUAUAAGAAGUUUGUAUGGAUAACAAAGAAGAUUAAGAAGAAAUGAAAUUUUUUUUAAUGGGAGAGAUCUUGAAAUGCGAUAUGAUGGACAACGAAAAAGUGAUAAAAACGUAUACAGUAUGUUUGUGAAGGAUAAAGAGUUUUAUGAGAGUUUUAAGUGAGAUAAUGUGAAAUUGUUUCAUUUUUACUGUGAAGUUGAAGAAUGUCUGUGCAAGUAGGAAAAGCUAUGCUUAUGAGAGUCAUCCUUAGAAUCAUAUUUGGUAUCGGGCAGGUUUUUCUUUUUUUUUUUUGAGUAAGAGAUUCUUUUAGCUUGGCUGUAUUUAAGUAAGUCUAUGGUUGUCAUGUUCUUGUACAUUGUUCAUUUGAAUGUGAGAAUGGCAGCCUAAACAUGUUAUUUUGUAGUUACUUGCGCACUAACAAUUCCUUUGGCCUACUAAUUCAAAAAUGGCCUGGAGCCUAUUUAUUUAGUAACAUUACCAUAAAUGCUGUCUUGAUUCCUGGAUUUGAGAAACUAUAUUAAGUAUGAACUAUAAUUUUGAUUGAAGCAACAAUAUAUUUUGUUGAAGGUGUUGAUAGUCUAGGAGUCCAAGCAGGCCAAGGACUCAAAUAAACCAGCUAGAAUAAAUGUAAAGGUUGAUGUUUUGGAUGAAGAUAUUAUUGACUUUGUCAAAUCUAAAGUUCUUUUGCUGGACAAAGACAAGACUUAUUUUAUAUAAGUUAAAAUUAAAUUAAUUUUUAAUUGGA